AUGGACAGCACAAUCAGCAAGGUGUUUUUUUUACAAAAAAAUACACCUUGCAUGAUCAACGCCUACUCAUUUUCUGGUCCUGACAACAUAUCUGGCCACGUACCAAAGGACUGUGAAGGAGAACUCACGGGUAACUCACAUACUUACAGACAGCCACUAAGCCAGGUGUUUAUUCCUACAUGCCUCAAAGCCCCCACCAUCAUCAGGAGGGUAAGCAGCACAAAGUUCCUGGGUGCGCACUUCUCAGAGGAUCUCUCCUGGACAACCAACACCUCAUCUCUGGCUAAAAGGGUCACCAACGACUUCACUUCCUUUGCAGACUGA